UCUUCUACCCAUCAUCCUAACCCGGCCCCCUCGUUAUCCCCAAAAAUGGACACCUCCUUCAUAUGCCUGCGCUGCUCGCGCGCUCUCCGCGCCGCGCACAUCAAAUUUCCCCCCGCCCGCGCACUCUCAACCACCGCCACGCAACGAGCGCGAAAUCCACCAACCUCUAGCACUUCCAGUCCUUACGAGUCCGCGCAAGGCAUCCCACGAUGGCAGCAAACCCCACCCGCAAUGAAGAUGCCUAUUCGCGUGCGCCCACUGCCCAAACAGCCAGAGUGGAAAGUCAACGACGACCCCGAAGUGCUAGAUCAAGCGCUCGACAACUUCAUCGGACGCGCAGGCGAGGCAGCAAGAGAGCAGUUGGGCUUAGACGGAUCGAAGAUACUGCGAGGCCGGGAUCUAUUACCUGAGGAGAUAAAGUGGCUAGCCGUCACCCACAAAUCCUUCGACCACGCCCGCCGCGGCUUCAACGACCGCCUCGCCUUUCUGGGAAAACGCAUAGUCGACUUCCAAACCUCGCUCGCCCUCCUCAACGCCCCCGCGCCUCCCACCCCGCAACCUCCCGCCGAAGAAGUAUACCGACAUCCCGCGCUCGAAGGGCUGGAGAACGUGACGGUACUUGCGCGGCAUACAGUGUUGGAUAAGAGCCGGCUGGCGAACUUAGCGAACUCGUAUGGACUGCAGAAGGUGGCGAGGUGGAAGCCGAAGAAGAGCGAUAAUUUGCAGGGGAGUGGGGUCGAGGUGGUGCUCGCGCAUACGAUGUACAGCAUCAUCGGGGCGUUGGCGUUGCAGAGGGGUGGCGAGGUCGCGGCGAAUGUGACCAAGGAGAGGAUUUUGAAGCCGUUGGGGCUGAGAUAAGGAUGGAAAGCUCUUUUGGGCAUUCUAUUCCGCAUU